GAACAGAGCGCAGGGCCCGCGCACGAUGCCAUGCGCGUUCCCGAUUUCUGCUGCGCACAGACAGCCGGUGCGGAGAGAGGGAGGGAGGAGAGGGCUGCUAUUACUAGUGACAGAAAACGGCAGCGAGCACAUACAGUCUACAGAGCAGCUGAUGCGACAAGAUGCUGAGCGUCGCCUUGCUGUGUGUGUGCGCCGUCGCCUUUGGACACGUCUCCGCUCGCUCCGAAAGCGGCAAUUUUUUGGAUGAUAAGUGGCUCGCUGGACGAUGGGAUAAAUUCAGAGAUGAAGUGGAGGAGCCUGGAACAUGGACUCCAUCCAAGCCCUUCGAUCAAGGCCUUGAUCCAGCCAAAGACCCCUGUCUUAAGAUCAAAUGCAGUCGCCACAAGGUUUGUGUGGCCGAGGAUUAUAAGACUGCCUCUUGUGUCAGCCAGAGGAGAGUUAGUUUUAAAGAUGCCAGUUUGUACCAGAGUCCGGGGUCAAGGUGCACACCCUGCCCUGUGGUUCACCCCUCUCCUGUUUGUGGAACUGACGGCCACACCUACUCCACCAAGUGUAAGUUAGACUACCAGGCAUGCAUCACAGGAAAGAAGAUCGCCGUGAAGUGUCCUGGCAUGUGUCCUUGCCCCUCUCAGCCUGAACAGAGCUCUGCAGAGAAGAAAGUGUGCAGUGAGUCUGACCUGAAGGAGGUGGUGAGUCGUCUGAGAGACUGGUUCAGAGUGCUGCAUGAGAACGGCAACCACAAGAGAGUCAAGAUCCAGAAGCCAGAGAAGAACAAGUUUGAGGUUGGGGCGUCACCUAUUUGUAAGGACCCUCUGGGCUGGAUGUUCUCCCGGCUGGACACAAACUUUGACCUCCAGCUGGACCAUUCAGAGAUCAAGAGCCUCUACCUGGAUAGGAACGAGCCGUGCUCUGAUGUGUUCUUCAAAUCCUGUGAUACACAUGCCGACAAAGUUAUAACCAGCUCUGAGUGGUGCACAUGCUUCCAGAGGUACACAGAUUCCCCUUGUAAAGCAGAGCUGUCCAGUAUCAACAAAAAGCAAGCGGGGAAGAAACUGCUUGGUCAGUAUCUGCCAUCCUGUGAUGAGGACGGUUUUUACAGGUCCCACCAGUGUCACAGCAGCAGCGGCCAGUGCUGGUGUGUGGAUCGCUAUGGCAAUGAGGUGGCCAGCUCACGCACCCAUGGACCUGCAAACUGUGGUGUGAUUUUGGAGUCUUCUGGAGACCUUGGUAGCGGAGAUUCGCUGUUCACUGACGAUGAUGAAGAUUCCUUUGUCCUUGACGACCAGGCUGGGAUGGAUGAUGAGGACGAUGAAGAUGAUGAUGAUGAAACCGACGAAUAUCUGUCGUAAUUUUGAAAAAGAAACAAAAAAAGAAAAAAGAGAAAACUGUUUGUUUGGUCAAACUGCACGUUUCUAGGUGACUCCCCAGGCAGAUACUUAAUCGUACUAACAGCCUAUGGACUACUCUCUGUGUAUUGUUUGUUCAUUAGUUAAAAAAAAAAAAACAAUAUUCCUGGCAAACGUUUAUGAUUUCUCUUCCUCUCUAAGUAUAAAAUAUGAUUGGUUUAAUGGCACUUGUUCACUUGUGUGACAGCCAACCAGAGAACAUGACAAGGACUAAUCGAUAACCAAUCCAGUGCUUUGGAUUUGGUCAUGUGUGCAAAUACCUCUCCCUUCAUUGGACAGUCCAUGUCUUCUAGUGUGUCCUGUCCUUGUGCAGCACUCUGAUUCCUGAGUGUGUUGAUGCCUAAGGCGCAAUGUUAAAGAGAUUUCCCCCUUUUUCAUUCUUUCACCCCUCCCCCCCAACUCAAAUGUUCCUGUGUAUAGGUGGGAUGUUGAUGAUGUAGAUAAGAGAAUAUUGCACUCUUAAGGUUUCUUUUGAUCUUGAUUUUGUAACUGUGACUGUAACUGUGGAAAAACAAGAUAAGAGUUAGACAUGCUUCAUUAGGAGAAUUAAGGCAAAAAAAAAACUGAGUUGGAUAACAAUCAGAACCGACAUGCUAGCUGUUUUCACGGAGACACAAAUCAAGUCAAAUCAUCUCAAAGGCACAGCAACAUGGAAAGACAAAUUACUGCUUGGCCGGUGGUGUUAGGGGGACAAUAUUAUUAUCUAUUUUUCUAAUCCAUUGUUGGAUGAAUACAGAAGAUGAAACAGAUUUGUCGUAGCAUGUCUAAUACUGCGUAAUGUUGUUUCAGUCUGUAGAACCAGAGGCUAAACCUUUAUGGAACUUAAAAUAUAUAUGAUGAAGCUUGAGGGUGAAAAAUUCCCUCAAGCGUGUACAGAUGAAACUGCAGUUGCAUAGUUCUGAACUUCUUGAGCCUGUGAGUCUGUGUGAUAAAAAUGUUUACUUACCUUAGUACGUCGGUGAGCUCAAAGAAAACCUCAUCACAGCUCAGAAGAAAGCGUGGAGUUGAUGUUUUAAAUUUUUUCAGAUAUGAGUCUUGGACUUAAUGUGAUUUGAGCACACAGUGUAAUAAAAUAAAUCUCUUGCACAGUAAUAAAACCACAGAGCCAUGCAGACUUGUUGAAAAUGUCUGGCAGGGGAUAAAGGUUAAGGUGUGCCUUUUAAUGGUGAGGACAGAUGGAGGUAAUAGUGGGAGAAGCAUGCUUACUGGACUGACUAAAGCUCGUCAUUACACUGCAUAAGAGUGGCUUUACUAUCAAGCUCGGAUACUAUUUGGGUUUUGGUAUGGCUUGUGUUUUGGGUCUCUCUUAUGAUGGGUGUUACAUAGGCCACAUUUCAGAUCUUUUGAUUUGUUACAUAGGAUAGCUAGAAUGUAGAGAAGCACAGAUAUACUUAGCAGUUAAGGCAUAAAAACACUUAGAUUCUGCUGGAUUUGAAAAUGGUUUAUAUAUUAGUACACUGGCUAGAGGAAGCUUUGGUUUAGACAGCUUUAUAUGAAAAUCAUCUUACAGUAUUUUGCUUUAACUUUGUUUCAAAAGCUUGAUUUGUACCUGAUCUACUCUUAACUACUUACAGUGUAUACUUGUCAGGGUCGAAAACUGAUCCCAGAUUUGUGUAUUCUUGAUAAGUCCUGUGACUGUUUAUGCAGACCUGGGAUUUGCUGAGCUCUUAUAUUAAUUUUCAAUUAUUAAUCUGGGCUUCAUUUUGAAUCAAACAUCUGUUGAAAUUCCAUGUUAAGACCUGAAAAGUGCCAUCUAACUGUCCAAUAGUUUGUUUUUUUUUUUUGCUCCCCUCAUUCCUUUUAACUUGGAAUUUUAAUUCACUUUACAAACUGGAAAACAUUUCAGUCUUAAAGUGUGCUGUUUCAUGAGUGUGAUGACAUGCAAAUCAUUUUGAUGACCUCAGACACUGUAGCCACUCUCAACCAAUCACACACUGUCAUCACAGCUCUAAUAGUGUUUAAAGGUUAUGAUACAUAUGCAUUUUUUACAGUGUAUGUAUGAUUUGCUGAAAUAAAAGCUAUAUUGACCAA